GGGGCGGGGACUGGCCGCGCGACGGGCGCCAGGCCCGGGGCUAUAGGCACGGUGCCCAGCCCCCGGCGCACGCCGAGCCGCCGCCGCCGCCGCCGCUGCCGCAGUCGGCAUCCAUCAGCGGGCGGGGGUGUCGCGGACCAGGCUGCUCCGCAGAGCCCAACGCGGCCCGGCGCGCCCGCCCCGCCCCGCGGCCUGCCGGCCCGCAGGAGCCGAGGGGGCGCCCCCCUCCCAGCCUGCCCGAGAUGGGGACCCCCAGACCCAGGCGUGCUGGUCACCAUGACAACAGAGACAGGCCCAGAUUCUGAGGUGAAGAAGGCUCAGGAGGAGGCCCCGCAGCAGCCUGAGGCGGCCGCUGCAGCUACUACCCCUGUGACCCCCGCAGGCCACGGCCAUCCCGAGGCCAACUCCAAUGAGAAGCAUCCGCCCCAUCAGGACGCCCGGCCUGCCGAACAGAGCCUAGACAUGGAGGAGAAGGACUUCGGGGAGGCCGAUGGCCUGUCGGAGAGGACCACGCCCAGCAAGGCCCAGAAGUCGCCCCAGAAGAUUGCCAAGAAAUACAAGAGUGCCGUCUGCCGAGUCACUCUGCUCGAUGCCUCUGAGUAUGAGUGUGAGGUGGAGAAACACGGCCGGGGCCAGGUGCUGUUUGACCUGGUCUGUGAGCACCUCAACCUCCUGGAGAAGGACUACUUUGGCCUGACCUUCUGUGAUGCCGACAGCCAGAAGAACUGGCUGGACCCCUCCAAGGAAAUCAAGAAGCAGAUCCGGAGCAGCCCCUGGAAUUUUGCCUUCACAGUCAAGUUCUACCCCCCUGACCCUGCCCAGCUGACAGAAGACAUCACAAGAUACUACCUGUGCCUGCAGCUGCGGGCGGACAUCAUCACAGGCCGCCUGCCCUGCUCCUUCGUCACGCAUGCCCUGCUGGGCUCCUAUGCCGUGCAGGCUGAGCUGGGUGACUAUGAUGCUGAGGAACACGUGGGCAACUAUGUCAGCGAGCUCCGCUUCGCCCCUAACCAGACCCGGGAGCUGGAAGAAAGGAUCAUGGAGUUGCACAAGACGUACAGGGGCAUGACCCCAGGAGAAGCAGAAAUCCACUUCCUAGAGAACGCCAAGAAGCUUUCUAUGUACGGAGUAGACCUGCACCAUGCCAAGGACUCCGAGGGCAUCGACAUCAUGUUAGGAGUCUGUGCCAACGGCCUGCUCAUCUACCGGGACCGGCUGAGGAUCAACCGCUUUGCCUGGCCCAAGAUUCUCAAGAUCUCCUACAAGAGGAGUAACUUCUACAUCAAGAUUCGGCCUGGGGAGUAUGAGCAGUUUGAGAGCACGAUUGGCUUUAAGCUCCCAAAUCACCGGUCGGCCAAGAGACUGUGGAAGGUCUGCAUUGAGCACCAUACGUUCUUCCGGCUGGUGUCCCCUGAGCCCCCACCCAAGGGCUUCCUGGUGAUGGGCUCCAAAUUUCGGUAUAGUGGGAGGACCCAGGCACAGACCCGCCAGGCCAGCGCCCUCAUCGACCGGCCCGCACCCUUCUUUGAGCGUUCCUCCAGCAAACGGUACACCAUGUCCCGCAGCCUUGAUGGAGCAGAGUUCUCUCGCCCAGCCUCGGUCAGUGAGAACCACGACGCAGGACCUGACAGUGACAAGCGGGAGGAGGAUGGCGAGUCUGGGGGGCGGCGGUCAGAGGCUGAGGAGGGAGAGGUCAGGACCCCCACCAAGAUCAAGGAGUUAAAGUUCUUAGACAAGCCAGAGGAUGUCUUGCUGAAGCACCAGGCCAGCAUCAACGAGCUCAAGAGGACCUUGAAGGAACCCAACAGCAAACUGAUCCACCGGGACCGAGACUGGGAGCGGGAACGCAGGCUACCCUCCUCUCCCGCCUCCCCCUCCCCCAAGGGCACCCCUGAGAAGGUCAAUGAGAGAGCAGGGCUGAGGGAGGGCUCCGAGGAGAAAGUCAAACCGCCACGGCCCAGGGCCCCAGAGAGUGACACGGGAGACGAGGACCAGGACCAGGAGAGGGACGCGGUGUUCCUGAAGGACAACCACCUGGCCAUUGAGCGGAAGUGCUCCAGCAUCACGGUCAGCUCCACGUCCAGCCUGGAGGCCGAGGUUGACUUCACGGUCAUCGGCGACUACCACGGCAGCGCCUUCGAAGACUUCUCCCGCAGCCUGCCUGAGCUUGACCGAGACAAAAGUGACUCAGAAACCGAGGGCCUGGUGUUCUCCCGGGAUCUCAACAAACGGGGCCCGAGCCAGGAUGACGAGUCUGGGGGCAUCGAGGACAGCCCAGACCGACGGGCCUGCUCCACCCCGGAUAUGCCCCAGUUCGAGCCUGUGAAAACGGAAACCAUGACAGUCAGCAGCCUGGCUAUCAGGAAGAAGAUCGAGCCGGAGGCUGUACUGCAGACCAGAGUUGCCACUGUGGACACCACCCAGCAGGUUGACGGGACUGCCCCAGGGGGGAAGGAGUUCAUAACAACUACUCCCUCCAUCACCACAGAGACCAUAUCAACCACCAUGGAGAACAGUCUCAAGUCCGGGAAGGGGGCAGCUGCCAUGAUCCCAGGCCCACAGACGGUGGCCACGGAAAUCCGUUCUCUUUCUCCGAUCAUCGGGAAAGAUGUCCUCACCAGCACCUACGGCGCCACCGCGGAAACCCUCUCCACUUCCACCACCACCCAUGUUACCAAAACUGUGAAAGGAGGAUUUUCUGAGACGAGGAUCGAGAAGCGGAUCAUCAUCACCGGGGACGAAGAUGUCGAUCAAGACCAGGCCCUGGCUUUGGCCAUCAAGGAGGCCAAACUGCAGCAUCCUGACAUGCUGGUAACCAAAGCUGUCGUAUACAGAGAAACAGACCCAUCCCCAGAGGAGAGGGACAAGAAGCCACAGGAAUCCUGACCUCUGUGAAGAGAUGCUGGCGUUUCUGGUCCAACCCAAGCCAGAGAACCGUCAAGAAGGGGCCUUCAUUCUGGAUUCUCCAACUCAACACCGACGUCCCAGCUGCGACGUACUGUCCCUGACAAGAGACUGGGAAAGGAAAAGCAUAUAUAUAUAGAUAUAUAUAGAUAUAGAUAUAUAUACAGGAAACAUCACGUCCUUGCACUGCUGCCGGGGCUGGCCGAGCAUUCGGCCGACAGCAACGGCCAACAUCUGAACGCCUACAUUUCCUUUGCAGACAAAUUGAAGAAUUGGUGGGAUUGUUCAGGAAAAAACAAUUAUAACAACAAUAAUCCCUUGCUCCGCACCCCCCCACGCCCGCCGCCGCGCCUGUCCCAACCCCCCUUGAAGCCCGCGGAACAACCAAGACAAGCCAGACCACGCUGAUUGUAGAAGUACAAUGCGACCCGGGUUCUACAUGUUCCAUUCAGUGGUCGAGCAUUCCAUUUCCUCUUCUCCUGCGUCUGUUGCCCACUCAAAUGCAAAGGAAAACACUUCUGCAGCCAAGCAAGAGAAGCUGCAGCAGCAAGACACGCCCCGUCAAACGAUUUCCAAGAGAGAAAAGUCCCUGCUCGGAAAGGAGGAGGAGGAACACUAGAUUCUUAUUUUUUGGGUCUUGACACUGGGCUGCAAAAUCCACCUUCCUUUCUUCCGCCUCCCCUCCCCGUCGACUGUCACACAUCUUGUCAGUCAUUUUCUGUCUGGGUUCCCUCCUCCCUCUUCCCCACCCCACCCCCGCCUCACCUUCUGUGUCCUGGUCCUGCUGAGGGCCACUGCAGAUGACUCUCACUGGAAGCGAGAAAAAGCAAAGCAAAGCAAGAAUGUGAAACCAGGCCGCAGGAGGUGAAGUAGACAUUGUGUGUUAUGGGUUCUCAUUAUGAAGGUGCAGCUCAGCUCGUAGAUUCGUAUGGAUGUGCUUUUAAGUUAUGUAUAUUACAUAUAACAGGAAACAAAUAUUAAAAUAAACAGUGCUGGUAAGUAUGAAGCUGACAUUUUAAAAUUAUAAUUAUCUGACUGUGAUUGAUGUAUCCCAAGGUUCCUAGAUCUCACCGAACCGACCCUGCCAAGGAGACCCGGACUCUGGCUGUGGGUCGCUCACAGUAGGAGCCGACGGUUCAGUGUAGAAAUACAGUGUGUGGUGUUUGUAAUUGACUGAUUGGUGGGGAGGGGCGAGGUCCCCAGGUGGAGAGGCAGGGAUUUUGGCAAGAAGGAAGCAACACGGGUGUGGUUCAAGAUGCCUUCUCCCCCUGGGCAGUAGCAACCGGGGGGCUGGUCUGUGCUCAGGCGUGGGGUCCAGAGUUAGGAUUCUGCUGCACAGGUCUCCCGGCCCAGCGCCCCCGCCUCCCUAGGAGGCUCGCCUCCUUUCUCAAUCUCUCUUUGUUUUGCCACGUCUUGCCUUUUCCUGACCGCAUUGUGACAGCUGACUCCCAUCCCGAGGGAGGUGACAUACCCAGCUGCCGCGGAAGAUGGUGGCUUCCACCUGGCUGUCUGAACAUCCCCAGCCCAGUCUUUUCCUUUACCACUCCUGUAUUCUGUCUGAAUCAUUCUCUGCUUCCUGGGCCAAAGCAGCCAUGGUAGAGACUGAACACAGGGCAGGCCCUGCUAGGUCAACACCGCGCUCCCAACGGCUUCGCCUGCCCCAGAGUGAGCCGAGGAGGAUCUACGUAUAAGACCCUGGCUUUACAGACCUCGCCUUCAGUCGGCGUCUGCGCUCUGAGCCUGCGCCCUCGGAGUCCCAAAAAUGGCCUUGAGCCCACAGAAGCCCUUGGAGAAGACCCCCAUCAAAAGCUUGGCAUUGCGCUCUGGCACACGCGGGCCUUCCCAGGCUUCCUUGACACAAGAUGCUUCCCUGAGCUUAAUGAGGCCCCUUCUGAGGGAGUUUUUCCACACUGCCCUUCACUUUCUCAGUCCCAUUUCAUUUCCCCCAUCCUGCUUCUAAAGCACGCGGCAAAUUCACUCAACAAAUAUUUAUUGAGUACUUACUUGUGUCAGGCACUAUCAUUAGGCUCAAGGAGAAAGCGUGGGGGGGAGCAGAGGGACCUGGGAAGAGCCCUGAGCCAGGCUUACAUCUCUAACCGCUCUGAGAACAUUUCCGAAUUCUCUCCAAUUAUCAGACAUUGCCUAGGGAUGUCCCAGAGAGGGGCUUGGCUUGCUUAUUAGUUACCCCGGUGACACAUAUGCUUAGCUGCUUAACUGGUGCUGACCUGAGGCAGGACAAGAAACCGGAACGGUGUUUGCCUCUGUGGGCAAAAAUGGGAUGGAGAGAGGGCAGAGAGAGCCCUGCACCUGGGGCCCAGGUGACACAGUCAGCCACAUCCCCUCUGGGGCAGGCUGGUGGCCCACUCCAACUCCCCCUGAGAGCGAAGGCACACUUUGAAUGCACCAGGUUCUUUUUACAGUCCUGGGAGAGAAGCCACAGAACCUCGUUCCUGUCCUCCUCAGCCUGAGAGCCCCCAGCGUUUCUGGGCCAAGAGCUGGAGUGGCUCCGCCCUCUCCGGGCCACCUGGAAUUGGACUCAGGCCUCCCUGUCUUUGCAGGAACCAGGUGUCCCGAGAGCACUGGACAUACCUCAGAGAGAGAAUAUUUGUUCUGGGUUCUGUGCCUGCCUACAGACCCUAAGGGUGUGGCUUUAGGGCAGGGAAGAUGUGACCAGGCUUAUUAGCUUGUGGGCCAGCCAGGGUUUGUGGCGCUCUCCAUCCCACAGAUGUUCUGACCUUCCGCCGAGAGGCAGGCAGUGCCAGCAGGGAGGAGGGGAGCUGCAAAGCUGAAAUCUAGGGCACUGUUUCCUCCCCAUCCUCCUCUUCAUAGGGAAUAUAGACGUUUGUCUUGUCUGUCUUCAACCUACUUUUCCUUUUUACAUUUCGCAUCCUUUCUGUGCCACCUCUCCACCCAGGAGACCAUGUAGCAUGGUGGAAAAAGUCCUGGAGGGCAGUCAGGAGUUCUGGGUGGCCAUCCUGGCUCAACCCCUAACUCACCACGUGCCACUGAGCUAGUCCCAUUCCCGCUUCGGGGCCUCAGUUUCCUCACGUGCAAAACGAAGAGGAUAAAGCAGAGGCUCUCCGUGCCCUUUUGCCACUCUGCCAGCCUACAGAUCUUUGUUUUCCCUUCUUUUGCUUUCUUGGGAUCUUUUCCAUCUGAGGGUAUAGGAAGUGCCAAGACCUGUUUCAGUUUUUGAAUCCUGCAAGCACAUUCCAAGACUGGCCUGAAAUUGCAUGAACAACAUCACUCUAAAUAUAUACUUUUUUUUUUUUUUCCAAAAGCACCUUCCCAACCAACUGCGAUGCUGUCCUGGUCCUUUUUACUCGCACCCUUCUCUCCUCUCUUGUCCCCGCGCUCCCCCACCUCAGUGCUCCGUGCUGUAUGCGUGUGCUCUCUGUUCUUGUAUACUCAAUAAAAGUGAAAUAAAUGUGUUUGAUGCUGAACCACAAA